GAAUGCAGGGAGCCAGCAGGUGAGCCACGCCCACCCGACCCACCUCUUGCAUCUCCUCGCAUGUUUGAGACCUGAUUUAAUAAAACGUCCAGAGCAGCAGGAGUUUAAGGAAGACGACAGGGGACAGAGCAUGAGUUUUUGGCCUAAAGACAAUCUCCAUACUCGGAAUUCUAAGAUUUGGAAUAUACUGCUGGAAAAAAAAGAUCUGAUGUUUGGCUGCGAGAUGCAGAUUCUGCUGCGACUGGCUGUUCUGGUGGUGUGCCUUGUUGUAGCGGUGGCUCAGAUCCCCUCACCUCACUUCCUGUUCCGGAGACCCAUGUCCUGGUCCAAAGCGCGGGAGUUUUGUCAGCGGUACUAUGUGGACCUGGCCGUGCUAAACACAGAGGAGCAGUACUUUGCUGUCCUCAAUGCUACCCUCUCAAGCAAAGUCAGCUUCUGGCUCGGUCUGCGGCGUCAGAGCAGCCUCAGCAACUGGACCUGGGUGAACGGGGAAGAGCUGAAGUACACACACUGGUACAGGAGGAAUUACAGAAGCCUCUGUGCCAGUUUGGAGUCCAUGUUGGAUAAAGACAAGAAGAUGCUGGCUCGCUUCUGUGACGAGCCGCACAUGUUUGUCUGUCAGGGUCCAGUUGCUCCACAGACAGUGAACGCAGCAUCAGUGGGCAACGGUCAGUUGAAUCUCAGCUGGAACAUCUCUGCCUUUAUGCAGAUGACACCACACAGUUACAACGUGACCACGUGUACCAGCACAUGUGACACAGUCCUGUACUCCUACACCGACGGCUCUGCCUUCAUGAGCGUCAAGAUCUCCAACCUGACUUCAGCCCCUGUGACCUUCAUCCAGGUCGCUGCUUUCGUUGUUCGGCCUGACGCUGUGACUGGUGGUGAAAGGAUCCUUCAAAGUGAUCCCACAACUUUACACUUCAAAACGGCAGAAUCUACUAAGCAGCACAACAUCAUACCUCUCAUUUUGAAGCUGCUCCGGAUCGUGUCCCUGGCUCCUCCGCUGUGGAUUCUUUAUCGUAUCAUCAAAAAAGGUUUUGAGUUGGAUCAUGACGUCUCAGAGGAGUUGAGGUCAAUGGAAAGUGUAAUUGUUGAUCUGACCCCUGAGAAUCCACAGGAACUGGCUGAAAAGGGCUAAACAUCCAUCCACUAAGGGAACGACAACAUGAAGAAUCCAGAAGAAGUUGAAUAUUUAACUUAAGGAAGAGAUGAGCUUUCCAAUCUGGAAAAACAGGACCAAUGUUUGGAAGUUCUUGAGAACCUCACCAGUCACCACGAGGAUAAAAAUUAUCCGUGUUGUAGAUCAUUGUGGAGGUUGCUCAGUAGAGCACCUCAAGCUGCUGUCUGCUCACCGCCGCCUGCUCCCAGUGCAUCGCCGUCAUCUCCUCCACCAUUUGAGUCAGUGCAGCCACUGACUGGAGCUACUGCGGAGCCGUCAUUCAAUCUGAUGUGUCGGGCGCCAUAUUGGGCCACUGUGGCAACUCACUAAUCCUCAGCAGAGAGACCAGAGGCGAAAGUGCCGACCUGUCGUAAACAAUUAUGAACAAUAUUGCUGUUGUACGUCACAAUCCUGCGACAAUGACGUAAUUGAACAACAUUUGUACACACAGUAUGUGGAGGAAGAGUCGUGCCUGUUUUUUUUGUGGUAUUUUAGUGUCAUACUUACUGGAAUCUUCUCAUCCCUUCCACAAACACUGAAAGAUUAUACCUGCAAUGUAUUGUUUCGUUAAAUCUGAGCUCAUAUUCAACCAUCGCUAAUCAAAGCUAAUCUGUUUACAUGAAUAAUCGAGGGUGGACACAUUAAUGAUUACUUAAACCUGUGAAACAAGGUGGGAUAUAUGAAACCCUCUUUCUUUAGAGAGUAGGUUAAUGUUGACAUUAGCACUGUGAGGUCAACAAAGGUGCCUGGCAAAAUGAUCACAGAAGUUUCUUUUUAUUACUGAACUGAUUUGAACUUUAGCCUUUUUUUAAACUUUUUUUAUAAAAUAAAACCUUAGAGCGUUUAGUUUAUUUAAAAAGGCUUAAUGUCAAUAAAUGUGAAAUGGUCCAUUUGGCCAGAAGUUACAUAACAUAAAGCCACGUCAUGGAAAACGUCACCAUCAUGUAGAUGUGGUGGCAAAUUCUAAAAGACUGUAUCAAAAAGACACACGUUUUUCAAAUAGUAUUAGCCAUUACUUUUGUUUGUUUUUAGAUUUUUUUUACAUGUAUUUUUUUAUAUUAGUGCGUGAUGCCUACAUCCAAUGAUGUUUUGGGACCAAGGGCAAAGCUCAUUGGAAAACAAAUGACGUUUAUAACGCUGUUAUAAAAAUGAAAAAGAUCUCAACUCAGCUAACACUGAUGAGUCAAGAAAUGAAAUAGAUUUUAGGUUUUUCAGAGAAAGUAUUCUUUGCACAAAUAUUGCCGUUCUCACACUUUCACCUUUAGGUUUGUUUGGUUUUAUAUCCGUUGUGUAUUUGGGAUAUUUUUAAGUAGAAAUGUACUGUACCAGAGUUAUAUUCACUGUCUAAGACCUACACCUACACUAAAAAGCUGUUUUCCCAGUCAUACCUGACAAUGUGUAGGUACGGUGUAAUCAGAAAGCAAUUAGUUAGUGUCUGUGGUGGUAAACUGUGUCAGUAGGAAUUAACUAAAGCAGUGAGAUUGAUGACUUGAUUGAUGUGUUCUAUUCAUUUGAAGAUAAUUAAAGAACAUGAUCUGUAUUUCUUCAUGACACAGAGUUAGUGAAAGUAUUACCACUCUCUUACCAGUAGAAAAAAGCUGAAGCUACAAUCAGCUGUUAAUUAUUGUACACAGUAUAACAACUAUAGGAACCAAGCCUUGUGCUCACUGAUUAGUUUUUCAUAUUUGGUUGCUAUCCAACAUUUAAUAAGCCGUUAGUGUUAUGUGUCUGUUUUACAUUUACAUUUUUGUACUGAUUAAAAAAAACAAUUAA